CACGGCAGCCAACGAUGACGGACAUGGCGAACAACUCGACCUCCGGUGUCAUCAACUUCGGCGCAGGCCCAGCAAAACUUCCGCGAAAGGUACUGAAAGAUGUGCAAGACGAACUCCUUAGCUAUGCCAACACUAAAAUCAGCGUUCUCGAGCUCAGCCAUAGGUCCGGUGAUUUCAAAAAAAUCAUUGAAGAUGCUCAAGCAAGUGUACGGGAUCUCUUAAAAAUUCCGGAUAAUUACAAGGUCUUAUUUCUUCAAGGAGGUGGCACCGGUAUGUUCGCAGCUGUACCUUUGAAUCUUCUAAACGAAGCGGGAACAGCUGACUACAUUGUUACAGGCUCAUGGUCCGCUAAGGCAGCCAAAGAAGCAGCAAAAUAUGCUAAAGUGAACUUGGUACUUCCCAAGGCCAACAAGUACACAGAUAUUCCAGAUCCAUCAACUUGGAAUUUAAAUCCAGAAGCUUCUUAUGUUUAUUACUGUGCCAACGAGACUGUUCAUGGCAUUGAAUUUAACUACGUCCCUGAAGUCGGGGAUGUUCCUUUGGUAGCUGAUAUGUCCUCAAAUAUGUUGUCGCGUCCGAUUGACAUUUCAAAGUUUGCAGUCAUAUUUGCUGGAGCUCAGAAGAACAUCGGACCAGCAGGUGUUACUCUUGUAAUAGUCCGCGAUGACGUGCUUGGACAUCCUAAGUCAAUCUGCCCAUCAGUAUUGGAUUUCUCUAUCAUGGCAACGGAUAAUUCUGUCCAUAAUACACCACCAACAUUCCAAAUAUACGUCGUUGGCCGAGUUUUCGACUGGAUUAAGGAAAAUGGUGGAGUUGAAGGCAUGGAGAAACUGGCGAUAGCAAAGAGCAAAGCUAUAUAUGAUGUGAUCGAUAACUCAAAUGGAUUUUACCACUGCCCGAUCAGACGUGAUGCGCGUAGCCGAAUGAAUAUUCCGUUCAGAAUUGGUGGCGAUGACGAAGACUUGGAAAAUACUUUCUUAACUGGGGCUUCAGCUCGUGGAAUGCUUCAGCUCAAGGGUCACAGGUCUGUUGGUGGUAUACGUGCCUCUUUGUACAACGCAGUGACUAUGGAGGAUGUUCAAGCAUUAGUAACCUACAUGAAUUAUUUUUACCGUCUACAUCGUAAACAGAAAGACUAGAAAAAAAGAUUAGCCGGCCUUCUGAAGUGAGUAAUAGCUCAUCGGCGUAAGCUUGAGCUACAGCACAUGGCAGACCUUCAGGAUCUAUCCCAGGCCAUCUUAAAUCAUCAGACUCCAGCCUGUAGAUAAAAGAGCGUAUAAUGUUGUAACCGAAAUGAUAAGUUGACUGAAAGUUAA